GUUUCAUCAGAUUUUCUUUACUUUGCCUCGAUGAUUGAGACUCUCUGUCUGUGAAGUUUGGUAAGAAUGUGUAAUUGGAUUUGUAGAUUAUUAAGCAUGUCUGCCACUGGGUUUCAAUGGGUAAGGCAGGAAAUGGCUGUUCGAGUAUCAAUCCUAUUGUGCUUAUUGUCAAUAUUAAGAUUUGUAUUGGUGUCAUGUUGGACCAAUGCACAUGCAACAUUUUAUGGCGGUGGUGAUGCUUCUGGUACAAUGGGUGGGGCUUGUGGGUAUGGAAAUCUCUACAGCCAAGGCUAUGGCACCAGCACAGCAGCUCUCAGCACAGCCCUUUUUAACAAUGGCCUCAGCUGUGGAGCCUGUUUUCAAAUAAAGUGCAAUGCUGAUCCUAAAUGGUGCCUGCCUGGCACCAUUAUAGUGACUGCUACAAACUUCUGCCCUCCCAACUCUGGCCUCCCUAACAAUGCUGGUGGAUGGUGCAAUCCUCCCCAGCAGCACUUUGAUCUCUCCCAGCCUGUCUUCCUCAAGAUUGCCAAGUACAGAGCUGGAAUUGUUCCUGUGGUGUACAGAAGGGUCCCCUGUCACAAGAGAGGUGGAGUUAGGUUCACCAUCAAUGGGCACUCCUACUUCAAUUUGGUGUUGAUCUCUAAUGUUGGAGGAGCAGGGGAUGUUCACUCUGUUUUCAUCAAGGGCUCUAGGACUGGGUGGCAGAAGAUGUCUCGCAACUGGGGACAGAACUGGCAGAGUAACUCCUAUUUGAAUGGCCAGGCUCUCUCAUUCAAGGUGACUACCAGUGAUGGAAGGACUCUUGCCUCAUACAAUGUUGCUCCUGCUCACUGGCAAUUUGGCCAGACUUACAGCGGAGCUCAGUUCCAUUAACUUCUACUCUAAUCAGUCAAAUUAUAAUAAGCUAAGGCUUAAUAUAGCUGUAAUCUAUACUAUAUAUCUGUCUCACUAAGCUCCAUGAACUAAGAAAUGGGCUUAUUUUAUUGUGGCUCUUUUCAAGUUCAUUAACUAUAUUUCUGUGUGUAACUUAUUAUAUGGACUGCCGUGGUGGAAUCAACUCCACCCGCUCCUCGCAUUGACUAUUGAUCAUUUGUACCAUCUUAUCGUAUUCCACAGCACACUAGUGGUGGCUCUUUUUGCCAGUCACCCCACAUCCAUUAUCAAUAAUUUCUUAGCACUAAAGUGCUUCCAUGUAAUAUCUCAAGAUUUCUAUGAUAUAUAUGGGGUAUUAUCUUUUCCUUCA